UUAUUUCUACAGAGGCUGGAGAUAGGAGAAGUUCCUUCCUUUCCAGAAGCAUAACAGCAGAGAGGAUCAGGCUGUUUCAAUUGCAAAUAUUUCCUCAAGCUGAUAGGUGCAGGUGUCCAAAUGAGGCAUCAAAAACUUUGGGCCGGUUUCAUUGUUCUGCUGAAUCUGCAGUUUGGUUCUACCUACAAACUUGUCUGUUAUGUCACCAACUGGGCUCAGUACAGGAAAGAACCAGCCACGUUCACCCCAGAUAACAUAGAUCCAUUUCUGUGCACCCACUUGAUUUUUGCUUUUGCGGAUAUGGACAACAAUCAAAUUAGAACUAGAGAAUGGAAUGAUGUUACACUUUACAGAAAACUCAAUGCCCUAAAGAACAGAAAUAGCAAUUUACUCACACUGCUGGCUGUUGGAGGAGGAAAUUUUAAUAACCAAAAAUUUACAACAAUGGCAUCAUCUUCAGAAAAUCGCCAGACAUUCAUCUCAUCAGUUAUAUCUUUUCUCCGGGAGCAUGGAUUUGAUGGUCUGGAUCUGGACUGGGAAUAUCCAGGUUCUAAAGGUAGCCCUCCAGAGGACAAACACCUCUUUACCAUUCUGAUUCAGGAACUAUCAGCAGGGUUUAGGGGAGAGAGUGAACAAACUGGAAACCCACAGCUCCUGCUUUCAGCAGCUGUAUCUGCAAGCAAAACAACCAUAGAUGCUGCAUAUGAAGUGCCUGCAUUGGGGAAGAAUCUUGAUUUUAUCAAUGUGAUGACUUAUGAUUUCCAUGGAAGCUGGGCUCCAGUGACAGGACACAACAGCCCACUGCAUCAAGGUUUAGUAGACUAUGACCCAGUUUCCUUCUACAAUUGUGAAUAUGCAAUGAAAUACUGGAAUGACAGUGGAGCACCAUCUGAAAAACUCAUGAUGGGGUAUCCAACAUAUGCACGUACUUUUAGACUUUCUAGUACAAAUACUAAUGUUGGUGCUCCAGCCUCUGGUGGAGGUAGUCCUGGAGUCUACACCAAAUAUUCUGGUAUCCUGGCAUAUUAUGAGGUUUGUGCAUUCUUACAAGGAGCUAGCAAAGCAUGGAUUGAGAAACAGAAGGUUCCAUAUGCUUUCAAAAAUGGAGAAUGGGUUGCAUAUGAUAAUGAAAAAAGUUUUCAGUUUAAAACUGAGUUUUUGAAGAGGAAAGAGUAUGGAGGAGCCAUGGUCUGGACUCUUGGUCUGGAUGACUUCUCUGGUAAUUUCUGUGGUCAAGGAAUCAACCCCCUUGUGAAUAAAAUAAAGAGUGUUCUAAUGAACUGAGGCCUCUGCAAGAAGAAUGGAGAAUCUAUCCCAUCCUCAUCUGUAUACAACAUCCCUGAACUAUUUCUUGAUCAUAAAUACUUCGUAGGAUGUAACGCAGAGUGAUUUACGUAACUAAAUAAGCAGUGUCAUAUUUUAAUACUCAAAAUCCCAAAUUACUGAUGAAAAUGUACUGUUGGGAAAAUGGUGGUACCUUUCUAUGGUUACUUCUGAUAUCAAAUUUAUUUUCUGCAUUUUAUGAUAAUAUUAGCAAAAAAUAAAUGUGGUGCAUGCUUCGUUACCCAACCUGAAAGAAAUAGAAUAACAUUCAGUAGAAGAUUAACAAGUCUUAUAUUCUUCCUGCUCAGAUGAUAUAUUUCUUUGGAAAAAAAUUAAUAAAUCCAUGAUUCAGAA